AUGGAGGAACAUGAAGAUACUCAUUUCUGUUUUCAAGACUGGAACUCUUCUUGCAGAAAGACUUCAAUAUCAACAUCUGCUUACAUAACACUGUACAUUUUCUUCUCAUUAAUUUCAGCCAUUAUAGUAUUUUUGAAUCUACUUGUGAUCAUCUCCAUCUCUCACUUCAAACAUCUCCACACUGCAACCAACCUGCUCAUCCUCUCUCUGGCUGUGUCAGAUCUCCUGGUGGGACUCAUUGUGAUACCAGCAAUUACUGUAGCAAUAAUGGAACCAUGCUGGAUUCUUGGGGAAUAUUUCUGUGCGUUGCUUUUCUUCAUCAAUAUUCUAUGUUCUUCUUCAUCACUCGGCAAUUUAGUCUUAAUAUCUAUUGACCGUUAUGUUGCUGUGUGUGAUCCAUUAAUGUACAGCUCAAAAAUAACAACAACAAGAAUUAUGUGUUGCAUAUUCAUUACCUGGUGCUUUUGUAUUAUCAAUGAUGCUGUUUCUGUUAAAACAUAUGUAAAUGUACAGGUACCCAGUAGAUGUUUUGAAGAAUGUUUUUUUGCUGAAGGAGAUUUCUUGGUCACUAUCCUUGACCUUGUAAUUACACUGGUUGUGCCGUUUCUUAUUAUUCUAACACUUUAUUUGAAAAUAUUUGUAGUAGCCAGAUCACAGGCCAAAAAGGUAUUUUCUAAAGGGGCUGCCACUGUGUCUGGUGUUAAAACUGUGCAGGCAAAUAAGUCUGAAAGAAAAGCAGCAAAGACGUUAGGUAUUAUUGUUUUCAAUUAUCUCAUAUGUUGGAAUCCAUUAAUAUAUAUAUUUUCUAUAUGUUUUUCAAGUUCCAAAUUAGCAGCAUAUAUUAUCACUUUUCUGCCACAUGUGAAUUCUUUGAUUAAUCCAAUAAUUUAUGCUUUCUUUUACCCAUGGUUCAAACUGACAGCUAAACAUGUUUUAACUUUGAAUGUAAUGCAUUAA